AUGACAGCACCUGAUAAUCCAUGUGGUUCUUUGGUUCAUGAAACCGGUGACACACCAUGUUAUUCUACAGUUAAGUUAACUUUACCACCCAAUGCAGUUCAGCUUGCCCCUAGAAACGACAUCGCUGAUUACGACGAUAGCCUGAGCCUAAAUACAAGCAGUGCAUUCAAGGAUGAUUCCAAGUUUAUAGCUUUUCGACGCGGCAACAAAGUGGGUAUUAACGUCGGUCUUACCCCACUGACGCCUAGCAAGACUUACCACACUGUCAAAGUACCGUUGACUAACCUGACCGAAAUUCCCGAACCAGAAGAGAAUCAGGUGCCAUUGCAUUCUAUCUUUGUGCCACUUCGUGCAGCCGUAUGCUUGAGUUUCGACUAUAAAAACACAACUCCCAGUCUGUUGUCGGAACACAGAGCCGCUCAAGCUGCUGCUUCCGCUGCAGCGACCGCCUCAGCCUCUGCCACUAGCGCCGUCAAGGCCGGCAAAGAUUCGGUGGAGCCUGACAAGACAUCAUCAGUCGCCACUACUCCUACCAAUGCUUCUGGUGACCAGGUGCACAAAAUCGAGCUUACCGCUCUUUUGAAUUUCGGUGAGAUGUCAGUGGCGCUCAAAUGA